AUGUCGGUCACAAUUCCGCUCGAACCCCUCCAUACCGCACAUGUGAAAACAGGUGACCAUUCCUCCUGUCACGCCGACGCGCCUAUUCAAGAAUUCGAGCCCCCCUCGCUUUACUUCGAACGAAAAGCAGAUAUCGGGACAGAGGCCGAACACAUACAUGUUGUAUCGAACAUGAACAGUGCGCGGAGCGAGCGGACACUAGGUGUCGAAAAGCAACCUUCAUCCGGCUUGCAGUUCUUGACCGAGGCGAGCGAGCACCCGCUUUUCCCGCCUUUGCCUUCUUAUGGCGCCCCAUCUGGGCUGGGCAGAGUCCGGGACUAUGUGUUCAUGGCGGUCUCGUUCAUUCUUUCGCUUUGCUUCUUGACAGUCAUAUUUGUCGGGGCGUUGUUUCGCACAGGCGUAAUCGCACUAUCGGAAGCUCGUUUACGACUUAGCGGACAAAACCCGGAUAUGCAUAGAGCAUUCUACACUGAAGAACAAGCACGGCGUAUAGCACGGAAGGAGGCGGAUCGACGAUGGCAUCUGCACAAACAGAAGAGGGACACAGAUGAAGAACAGGCACCUGGACAAUCUUCGCUAGAAGGAGGAAAGGACCCUGUUGUCUGUGAUGUGGCAUACUAUGCACGACGCGUAGGUCUUGACGUGGAAAAAUUCCGUGUUCAGACCGAGGACGGCUUCAUAAUCGAGUUGUGGCACGUGUAUGACCCGCAAGAUUAUCAGGCGCUAUCGGCAGAGGAAAGGUCUGAGCGUGGGCCUGCUGUGUUCACCAAGCCCAAAACACCGCAUACCGCUCGUCCACAGUCUAACCGGCGGUAUCCCAUUCUUUUGGUUCACGGCUUACUUCAAAGCGCUGGUGCUUUUUGCACGAAUGAUGAGGAUAGUUUGGCAUUUUAUCUUUGCAAGUCCGGGUAUGAUGUCUGGUUGGGCAACAAUCGCUGUGGCUCAAAUCCGGAGCAUAAGACACUUUCGACUGCUGAUCCGCGAAUGUGGUCCUGGGACAUUAGACAACUCGGGACGCUGGACCUUACAGCCCUCACUUCUCGUGUUUUAUAUGAGACUGGAUUUGAAAAGCUAGGUCUUGUCUGCCACUCGCAGGGAACCACGCAAACAUUCGUCGCCUUGGCCAAGGAGCAGCGCCCUGAGAUAGGUGAGCGCAUUUCAGUUUUCUGUGCGCUGGCUCCGGCUGUCUAUGCUGGCCCGCUCGUGCGCAGACCGUACUUCCGUUUCAUGAGUAUCCUCUCUCCGACCAUGUUCCGAUUCGUCUUCGGCAUCCACUCCUUCAUCCCUUUGAUGAUGACCGCCCGACGUCUCCUGCCACCUAAAAUAUAUGGAACCAUGGCAUACUGGGUGUUUUCGUUCCUUUUUGACUGGUCAGACACACGCUGGGAGCGUGAUCUCCGUCACAGAAUGUUCCAGUUUGCACCUGUGUAUGUCAGCGCCGAGUCAAUGAGAUGGUGGCUCGGGAACGAAAGCUUCGCCAAGCACAAGUGCAUUUUAUCCACAGACGAGGAUCUACUACGUGAGACCAAUGUGAAUAAUACCAUGUGUGGUGAUCCUGUCUCAGAACAUGGCGAUGAUCCCGAGGAUGCAUGCUUGGGAACUCCAACUCCUAGCCCUUGGUUCGGUCCGCGGACACCCCCGUUCGCAUUUUGGAUCGGGGGCUCUGACGCUCUUGUUGAUGGCCGCCGGCUUCUGAACCGGUUUCAAAGCGGCCGCGAGCCUCACGUCCGUCUCGUUCACUCUAAAGUUAUUGACGAGUAUGAGCAUCUUGACGUUCUCUGGGCGAUGGAUGCGGUCGAGCAGGUCGGCAGUGAGGUCCGUCAAAUCAUUUGGACGACCAUGCCUGAGGACGCUCGGCAGGUUUGUCGAGCCCCUCGCGGAGUUAAUCUAAACUUGGUAGAUACAGGGUAG